UUCCCGCAGAAGGGGCGGAGCGGAAGCGGCCAUUUUGUGCGGAGUGUGCAAGGCGCCGGCGGCAGCUGCAGGAGACACCACCCGCUCGCCCCUCAGCCCAGCAAGAUGCUCUCGGUCCGCGUGGCUGCCGCCCUCGCCCGCGCGCUGCCCCGGCAGGCCGGCCUGGUUUCCAGAAAUGCCCUGGGUGCAACAUUUGUUGCUACAAGGAACAUCCAUGCCUCCAAAACUAGUCUUCAAAAAGCUGGCACUGCUGAGGUAUCCUCUAUUCUUGAGGAACGUAUUCUGGGAACUGACACCUCCGUUGAGCUAGAAGAGACUGGGCGUGUGCUGUCAAUUGGUGAUGGUAUUGCCCGUGUAUACGGCCUAAGGAAUGUUCAAGCAGAAGAAAUGGUGGAGUUCUCUUCUGGACUAAAGGGUAUGUCCCUGAACUUGGAACCUGACAAUGUUGGUGUUGUCGUGUUUGGUAACGACAGACUGAUUAAGGAAGGGGACAUUGUGAAGAGGACUGGUGCCAUUGUGGAUGUUCCAGUUGGUGAUGAGCUCUUGGGCCGUGUUGUAGAUGCGCUGGGUAAUGCCAUUGAUGGAAAGGGUCCACUUGGUUCUAAGAUACGUAGGAGAGUUGGUCUAAAGGCUCCUGGGAUCAUUCCCAGAAUCUCUGUGCGUGAGCCUAUGCAAACUGGCAUCAAGGCUGUGGAUAGUUUAGUACCCAUUGGCCGUGGCCAACGUGAAUUGAUCAUUGGUGACAGACAGACUGGCAAAACUUCAAUUGCUAUUGACACAAUCAUCAACCAAAAACGAUUUAAUGAUGGAACUGAUGAGAAAAAGAAACUAUACUGUAUAUAUGUCGCAAUUGGUCAGAAGAGAUCUACUGUUGCUCAGCUGGUGAAGAGGCUUACUGAUGCAGAUGCCAUGAAGUACACUAUUGUGGUUUCUGCAACAGCGUCGGAUGCUGCUCCUCUUCAGUAUCUGGCUCCUUAUUCUGGUUGCUCCAUGGGAGAGUAUUUCCGAGACAAUGGGAAACAUGCUCUGAUCAUUUAUGACGACUUAUCCAAACAGGCUGUUGCCUACCGUCAGAUGUCUCUGCUGCUGAGACGUCCACCUGGUCGUGAGGCCUACCCUGGGGAUGUGUUCUACCUACACUCUCGUCUCUUGGAGAGAGCAGCCAAAAUGAAUGACUCCUUUGGAGGUGGCUCCCUGACUGCCCUUCCUGUCAUUGAGACUCAGGCCGGUGAUGUGUCAGCCUACAUUCCAACUAAUGUAAUCUCCAUCACUGAUGGACAGAUCUUUUUGGAAACUGAACUGUUCUACAAAGGCAUCCGUCCAGCCAUCAAUGUUGGGCUGUCUGUUUCCCGCGUGGGUUCUGCUGCCCAGACCAGAGCCAUGAAGCAGGUGGCCGGUACCAUGAAGCUGGAAUUGGCUCAGUAUCGUGAAGUAGCUGCUUUUGCUCAAUUUGGAUCUGAUCUGGAUGCUGCUACUCAACAGCUGCUGAAUCGUGGUGUGCGUCUGACUGAGCUUCUCAAACAAGGACAGUAUUCCCCCAUGGCUAUUGAGGAACAGGUUGCAGUCAUCUAUGCUGGUGUAAGAGGUUACUUGGACAAACUGGAGCCCAGCAAAAUCACCAAAUUUGAGAGUGCUUUCCUAGCCCACAUUCUGAGCCAGCAACAGACCCUUCUAGCCACAAUCAGGACUGAUGGGAAGAUCUCUGAACAAACAGAUGCCAAGCUGAAAGAAGUAGUCACAAACUUCCUGGCUACUUUUGAAGCAUAAACACUUAACUGUUCUAACAUGCCACACUAUUGGUCACUGAAUUCUAGGGCUCUAACUCCAUUCUUCAGAAGUUUAAAGUAUGUGUGACUUGACUGUACAGAUCUCAUUGAGAAUAAAAGGUUCCAUGUAAAAAAGUUCUAGACACUCAGUAUAAACUGACACCUUUCUAUCCAGGUAUUCUAGGUGUGUAUACAGAAACUACUAAAGCAACACCAAUUUAAAAAUAUAACUCAUAAAACUCCCUGAAACUUUCCCCACUCAUUGAAGUGCUGUUUAUAAUCCUGAAAAGAAUGUGGAAAAUAUCAUAAGGCUAAAAAUUGUCAAUAUUUAGAUCAAAUUUUGCUUAAUGUAAAAGUAUUUUUCCAGGGAUGGCAACAAGAAUCUAAAGUCUUAAAAGCUAAACUGGGUCCUUCCUGGCUCACUUAUCAAUAGAAAUAGAUUCUGUAGCUGAAAUGAGCUCAGAUCCAUGAUGGGCUGGUGGCAGGUGCCCAGAUCAUAAUGACCAGUACUGGAAACCACUUAAAUCACACUUUGUCCUAUAGCUGUACUGGCUCUGCCGCAUAAAGUAUCGGCUCGAUGCAUGUAUUUGGAACCUGGUGAAGCAUGCAUUGAGUUAGGACUGUCUAGGAAUCUUGAAUAUGAAGCUGUCGGUCUCCUGAUCAUCAUCCCACUUUACAAUCCUCCCUUCUCCCACCCAGUAACCAAAAGCCUGUAUAAAUGGAGUUUGUAGCAAGUCAUGAACUUGAAUUGAGGCUGAGAAUUUUAUCAGCAUCCCUAUCUAACACUUUUUGGGACACUUCCUAGAACAAAGGGUUUCUGAAUAUAGAAUAUCAGGGUUGGAAGGGACCUCAGGAGGUCAUCUAGUCCAACCCCCUGCUCAAAGCAGGACCAACCCCAAAAUAUGUUCAAUUCGCUAAUGCAGAAAACUCAAGAGGGUAAAGGACCAUUCUAAAACUCAUGCAUAUGAAAGGCCCAGGAACUACUUAUCCCCACUAAACACUGAAACACUAAUUUCAGUUUGGGGGGGCAGGGUGUUUAGUAAUUUUAACUGUCUCUUACACAAGGGAACUGCGUUUACUGUAAACUUGCGAUUUCAUAGUUGCUUUCAGCUGUGGCACUAACGGUUUCUACUGCUUGAGGUACAAUACACACAGCAUGUGCCAGUAGCUGGUUGCAGCUUCAAAUCUGUAUCAUGUAAUCUCUUCCACUUUUGUAAGAGUUGCUGUUUGAAUCAUGUCAAAACUAACAGCAAGCAGAGGAAGCAACCAGUAAUAAGACUGAGAUGAUCUUAAGGGUGCUGUACCUGUCUUGUUGCACUAUAUCCACGCGGGAGUUCUGUGGGUAAUGAAGAAACAUGUCCUCCCACAGAUUCUCUUGCCUUUCCAGCAGAAAAAUGCUUCCCGUGGGGAAGCAAAGAGAAGCUGCCCUAAUGCUUACUCACCCCUCCCUGGCAGCAUGGGUAAGUCAUGUUGGGGGGGCGGGAAUGCCUAGGCUGCCGAGCAGCUGGGUCUGGGUCAGAUCAACCCCCAGAAACUCCCCUAGCUCCAGGAAGCUCUGCACUAUGGGUUGGGGUCCAAGGCUCAGCAGAGGGGUUGGGGGUGGGGGAGGGGAGGAGUCCAGGUGCACAGGGGUUGGACAGAUGGGGGCAGCAGCUCAGUGGACAGCAACCCCUCCCCCCACUUGUCCCAUUACUCCUCAGUCAGAAGGGGAGCGGUCACUAUAUGGGGAGCUGUUCUCUUCUUCCCCCCCCCCCCAUAUCUGCCCAACCCCUGUGCACCUGGGCCCUACCCAGCUGUGCUCUGACUCCCAGCUGCAUGCCGCCCCACCCCCCACUGACCCUCUACCCACCCUUACCUGGACUCUGCUGCAGAGUCCCAUUCCCCCUGCCUCCAGAACCCCUUCACCCCAACAAGCUCCUGUGCAUCCAAAUCUCCCCUGUUCCCAGACCCCCCACUGACCUGCUUGUACCCAUAUUAUGCCACACAGUAUCCUGGUACUCCUGGGGGAAUUCUGCACCAAAAAAACUAAACUCUGUAUACAAUAUUUUAAAACUCUGCUUAUUUUUAUUUUUCAGAACACCACGCUAUAAAUUGCACCAUUUUCAACUAUUUUGAAAUUACAAAAGUAUUUGGAAAUGGUGUGAUUUAUAGGGUGGUCUGACAAAAUUUGCAGAAGUUUAAAAUAUUGUACGCGUAAGUCCCGGAGGAGUAAACAACCGUCAACACUUUUCUCCAGGCAGUGGUUCUGGAUCACUGAGCAGCCUCGAGCUUUAAUUUACAGUAGUAUUUUAAGUGCCUCAAUCGGCAGAUAAAUUACACUAAGCACCUACAGAAGCAGGUGAGUACACAAGCUGACUACUGUAAAUUCCACUAGAGGUCUGUAUACUGAAGUGCUUAAAUACGUUAUGUAAAGUUGCUACCUAACAGCAGUCCAACUCUUACUAAUAUGUGAUUGUGGAGCAAAUUGCAGUAGAAGCAGAGUUCCCUCUAACUUUCAUCCAUGGGCAGAAUGAAUUAUGGCCAUAGCAAGGUCAUGUGGCUGUGCACCACCAGUAGAAACAAACCUAGAUACAUAUUUAAAAAGUUACUGUAGGGAUAAUUACUCCAGCUAGGACAGGUUAGGCAUUUUAGAACUCACUACUCAGAAUUAAAUUUAAGCAAAAGAGAUAUAAAACUUAUGAAAGGCAUAGACCAGUCAAAAAACUAAAUGUACUUUGAAAAGUGUCAAGUAACACCAACAAUAAUACAAGCUUGUGGUGGCAGGUGACUGUGAAAGACAAUGUGUAGCUGAGAGAGAUUGUGUGAGAGAUUGACAUAUGCUGCGCGUUUAAGUAGUUUUGCACUCAGCAGUCUGAAGCCUGCUUGUUUAGCCACAGCAACAGAUGUCAGCAAGCUCCCUCUCUCCUGAGUCCUGUCAUAUCCCAUCCCCCUCUCCUGAUCUGUAGAGAUGGGGUAGAGCGGUGAAGGGAGGGGGACACUGACAUCAAUGCCCCCUUUCUCCACUUUCCCCCCCCCCCCCCCACCGGCAAGCAGGAGGCUCCCGGGAGCAGCUGGCCAGGGGCUCUAAGGCAGAGGGCAGGAGCAGCAUAGCAGUGCAGGGAGGGACACCUGCAGUGCAAGGCACUUGGUAGCCUGCUAGGUGGGCUCCUGGCCACGCAGGUUAGUGGGAACUUAGGAAGCAAUACUCUAUUAAAAUUGUUACAUAAAAUUACCACCUGUUUAAAAUAGGAUGGCUAUAACGCACAAUGCUCUCAAAGCAGCGUAUCAAUAUGUAACUUUCAGGUAUACUGUGCUUUCCUUGCAUGUUAUAAAAAUGUAAGGGUCAACUACCAGUAACAUCUUAGUCCAUAUUCUUCAAACUCUGGGUGAAAAUAUAACUGACCUAAAACUCUCCAAAGCAAGUAUUUAUUAACCAUCAGGAAUUUAAUUUGUGCUGCUGAAAUAAAUCAUCCUACAAAAGAACCCUAUUACACUUCAGACAAAACUACAGCCUUUAGCAUCUUCAUAAAUAA